AACCUGCGCUUCUGGAGAGGGGAGAGACAUUCGGGAGCGAGAUGGCGAGGGGGACUUUGGGCACGUACCUUCGAGCGGCCCUUCUUCUGGCUGUGUGGAAACCUUCACUGCAGGGAGGUGUGUACGUACCGGCUGGUGGAGCUGCAGGAUCUGGCAUCGGAGCUGGUGUUGGGCCCGGACGGGGAUUUGGACCGGGAGGAACCGGGACUGGAUUCGGACCAGGUGGAACUGGAUUUGGACCAGGAGGAACCGGGACUGGAUUCGGACCAGGUGGAACUGGAUUUGGACCAGGAGGAACCGGGACUGGAUUCGGACCAGGUGGAACUGGAUUUGGACCAGGAGGAACCGGGACUGGACCUGGGCAAGGCAGUGCUGGUGGAGGAGCAUAUGGCGGGCAAGGACAAGGAGGUGUGGGACCUGGGGGAGUUGGAUCAGGCGGAGUAGGACCAGGAAGAACAGGACCUGGAGGCAUCGGACCAGGCGGAGUCGGCCCAGGUGGAGUCAGACCAGGGGUAGUCGGACCAGGUGGAUUUGGACCAGGUGGAGUCAGCCCAGGUGGAUUUGGACCAGGUGGCUUAAGGCCUGGAUCUUAUGGGCAGGAAGCCGGACCAGGAGGGUUCGGACCAGGUGGGAAGCCUCCAAAAACAGGAUAUGGAUCCCUCGGGGCAGGGGGGUUCGGUGGCGGACCGGUUGGGGGUCCAGGCAGAGGUCAAGGAGCAGGAUAUACACCUGGAGGAGGCUACUAUGGCGCUGGUUAUGGAGCAGGUGGCACAGGCCAGUUUCCCGGGUCAGGGCUCCCGAAACCUCCUAAAACAGGCAGGACAGGACCAACCACUGGACAAACAGGAUAUGGACCCGGAGGUGCUGGAGCUGGGUCUGGCGGGACGGGAUUUGGACCAGGUGGGGUUGGAAUUGGACCAGGGGGAGCAGGGAUUGGUCCAGGAGGGACAGGCUUUGGACCUGGUGGUGCUGGGGGGGCACUGGGUUUGGACCGGGUGGUGCUGGGGUUGGACCUGGUGGAACUGGGUUUGGACCGGGUGGUGCUGGGGUUGGACCUGGCGGAACUGGGUUUGGACCAGGUGGCGCUGGGGUUGGACCAGGUGGAACUGGGUUUGGACCGGGUGGCGCUGGGGUUGGACCUGGUGGAGCUGGGUUUGGACCGGGUGGUGCUGGGGUUGGACCGGGUGGCGCUGGGGUUGGACCUGGUGGAACCGGGUUUGGACCGGGUGGUGCUGGGGUUGGUCCAGGUGGAACUGGCUUUGGACCGGGUGGUGCUGGAGUUGGGCCAGGCGGCACGGGGUUUGGACCGGGUGGUGCUGGGGUUGGACCUGGUGGAACUGGGUUUGGACCGGGUGGUGCUGGGGUUGGACCUGGUGGAACUGGCCGGGUUUGGACCGGGUGGUGCUGGGGUUGGACCUGGUGGAACUGGGUUUGGACCGGGUGGUGCUGGGUUUGGGCCAGGGGGCACUGGGCUUGGACCAGGUGGUGCAGGAGUGGGACCCAGUGGUGGAACCCAAACUCUACCACAGACAGGUGGAGCUGGUCGAGGACCCGGUGGGAAGAGUGGUAAUAAAGCAUCAAAACAAGUCCCAGGAGUCGGAGUGCCUGGACUCUAUCAGGGGGGAUACGUCCCGGGUCAAGGCUUCGGAGGUCGAGGUGUUCUGCCGGGAGUAGCUACAGGAGCUGGACUUGGUCCACAGACUGGAGCUGGAGUUCUUGGUCAGGAUGGUGCAGGUCAGGGAACAGGAAAUGGCCGUGGACAACAGCUGCCGGGUGUUUUCCGUGGCUACCCGCUCAUCUCACCGAAGACAGGGGCUGCAAAGUCAAAGAAACUGGGAAAAGCCGCUUCCAAAUAUGGAGCUGGAGGUGGUGGGUUGACUCCGGGUCAAGGAGGGGCUCUGGGUGUCGGGGAUGGGAGACUGACACCUGGCUUUCGGGGGGGUCCUGGAUCUGUACCUGGUUUUGCUGGUGGAGGGGGAACUGCUGCUGGACCAGGCUUUGGUGCCGGUGCAGGUCCUGGAGGUGCUGGUUAUGGACCUGGGAGGACUGGACAAGGAACUGGAGGAGCUGGUUACAGGCCCGGAGGAGGUGGAUAUGGACCUGGUGGAGUUGGAUCGGUGGGCACUGGAACAGGACCUGGAGGCUAUGAUGCCAAUGCAAAGGCCCGCAAAUAUGGGAUGCUGGGUGGACCAGGCUUUGGACCUGGAGGGACAGGUACAGGCUAUGGGCCUGGUGGAGGAGGCGGUCCUGGUGGCACUGGAAUUGGGUUUGGACCAGGCAGAGGAGGAUUAAGCUACGGACCAGGUGGAGGAGUUGGACCUGGUGGCGUAGGAACUGGGUACGGACCAGGCACAGGAGUCGGACCGGGUGGGGCUGGAACUGGGUACGGACCAGGUGGAGGAGUUGGACCGGGUGGGGCUGGAACUGGCUAUGGACCAGGUGGAGGAGUUGGACCGGGCGGGGCUGGAACUGGGUACGGACCAGGCACAGGAGUCGGACCAGGUGCUGCUGGAACUGGGUACGGACCAGGCACAGGAGUCGGACCAGGUGCUGCUGGAACUGGGUACGGACCAGGCACAGGAGUCGGACCAGGUGCUGCUGGAACUGGGUACGGACCAGGUGGAGGAUUCCGACAGGGCGGGGCAGGUUAUGGACCUGGAGGCUACUCUGGUGCCAAAGCACGCAAAUACGGUCUUCCUGGAGGUGCAGGAGGGAGCCUGGGGACAGGAGGAUUAGCACCAGGCUCAGGAGUUGGAACAGGAACUGGACCUGGAGGUUUUGGACCAGCUCGUACUGGAGGAUUGGGACCAGCUGGAUACGGUCCAGGAGUCGUGCCGGGCACUGGCUUUGGACCAGGAGGUGGCCUCGGCACGGGAGCAGCGACUGGAUAUGGACCAGGAGGUUAUGGACCGGGAGGCUUCGGACCUGGACCCGGCGGACAAGGAUAUGCCGGAUCUAAAGCAGCCAAAUACGGACCAGCAGGUGGCGUGUUACCUGGUACUGGUGUUGGAACAACUGGAACUGCAGACCAGUCUGGACCCAGAACCGGGGUUUCUGUAAAUGGCACUGGAACACAGACGAGACCCAGUGCAGGUGGAGCCGUGGUGGCAGGAGGAACUCCAGAACCAGCGACAGCAGGUGGCAGAGGUGGAGCUCCAGCUGGAACAGGAGGACAAGACAGCGAUGGAGGUCCUGGGGUGGGAGGAAGAGCGGCAGGUUCUGGAGGAGGCCUGGGGGGAACCGGGAUCCCCAUCAGCGGAGCACAACCAGGAAUCAAUGGCAGCCACGUGUCAGGUGUGGGUGCUGAUCUCUCGCUGCCUGGAGCCAAGCCACUGAAGCCUCCAGGCGUUCCCAGAGGAGACACACCAGGAGAAGGUGAAGGCAGUCCAGAUGGAGAUGCAGGUGGAAGACAACCAGGGGUAGGAAGGGCUCCUGGCACCACCGCCACUGGAGGAGAAAGUCCUGCUACAGGCAGCGGUGGAGUGGGAGGAACCCCCAAACCACCCAAAGAAUACGGACCUGGUGGGACUUCGGCAAGUGCUGGAGUUGGAGGAGGUCCAGGAGGAGUAGGUGGAGGCCCUGUUGGAGGAGGACCUGGUGGAGUUGGUGGAGGCCCUGGCGGAGUUGGUGGAGGCCCUGGUGGAGUUGGUGGAGGCCCUGGCGGAGUUGGUGGAGGCCCUGGUGGAGUUGGUGGAGGCCCAGGAGGAGUAGGUGCAGGCCCUGGCGGAGUUGGUGGAGGUCCUGGUGGAGUCGGUGGAGGCCCAGGAGGAGUAGGUGGAGGCCCUGUGGGAGGAGGUUCUGGUGGAGUUGGUGGAGGUGCAGGAGGAGAUGGUUUGGCGCCUGGGAUUGGUGGACCUGCAGGAGCUGGAACUGCCAUGAAACCUGGGAAGAGCUACGGUGGUGGAGGUGUUCUCCCAGGAUCAGGUAAGAAGAUCACACUUUUUUCCCGGAUCAAACCUAAACUCUCCUUUCCUUUCACAAAGGAAUACGAUAUCCCACCGGAGCUGGAGUCGGGCAGGGUGGGAAACCAGGGAAAGGUUGUAGAGCUCUUCCCUGCCGUCGAUCGCCCUCGGUUUGACACUGAAGAUAAGAACAUGCGUUUGUUUGUCAUUCCAGCAUACAGAACUCUUGGGGUUGGAGGUCCAGGUGGGGUUGGACCAGGAGGUUACCGGCCAGGAUUUGGUGGAUACGGCGCCGGACCUGGUGGAUAUGGGGUUGGCCCUGGAGGGUUUGGAGCCGGGCCUGAUGGUUAUGGCACUGGACCCGGAGGUGCUGGUGGGGGACCAGGAGGCGGACCUGGUGGAGCUGCUGGUCUGGUUCCAUACGCAGCCGGUGCAGGAGCUGCCGGAUCCAGAUUUGGAGCGGGCAAACCAUCUAAAAGUUAUGGCGCUGGAGCUGGCAGCUAUGGAACUGGAGGUGUUGGAACUGGCCCGGGAGGUUUUGGUGGCGGUGGCUACGGACCAGGAGGCACUCGUGUUUACGGACCGACCGGUGCCGGACAAGGUGGAUAUGGACCCAUUGGUGCAGCAACAGGAGUGGGACCUGGAACUGGACCAGGAGGUGUUGGAACCGGACCGGGUCUCUAUGGUGGUGCAGCAGGAACUGGGCUCUACUCUGCAGGGCAGGGAAACAGGAAACCACCUAAAUCUGGUUACGGCUCAUCAUCCCAGGGCGGAACCGGCUAUGGACCAGGUGGAUCUGGGACUGGAACAGGAGGGUUCGGACCAGGUGGUGCUGGAACCGGAGCAGGAGGGUUCGGACCAGGUGGAGCUGGAACCAGAACUGGUUUUGGUCCAGGUGGUUCUGGAACCGGAACAGGAGGGUUUGGACCAGGUGGUUCUGGAACAGGAACAGGAGGGUUCGGACCAGGUGGAGCUGGAACCGGAACAGGAGGGUUCGGACCAGGUGGAGCUGGAACCAGAACUGGUUUUGGUCCAGGUGGCGCUGGGACCGGAGCUGGUUAUGCACCGGGUGGUACGGGCACAGGAGCAGUAAAACCAUACGGGAAAAGAAAACCUGGUUACGGAGGAACUGGGUUUGGCCCAGGAGGAUAUGGUCCUGCUGGAACCGGGCCAGGAGGAAUUGGUCCUGGUGGGUAUGGCACGGGUGGUGCUGGUACUGGGCCAGGGGGCUAUAGACCUGGUGGGACCGGUGGUUUUGGACCAGGAGGAUCAUCGCUGAGUGGUGCUGGUUUUGGACCAGGUACUGGAGCAACCCGAGGAACAGGGGGGCCGGCCGGGGCGACUCAGGGAGGGGCCGGGGGUCCGGGAGGACUUCCAGGUGGCGGUAACACUGGCUAUGUCGGCAUAUCCGGAGGAAGCUAUCCAGGAUACACAGGCGCUGGACAAAAAACCAAAGCACAGAAGGCAGCCAAAUACGCAACCAUGCAGGCUCUGCUGGGAGCCGGAGGCUACCGAGGCGCGGGCUGCCAGAGCAAAUACUGCGGCCGCAGGAGGAAGUGAGCGCACAGGAAGAGACCUCAUGACAGUGGUGCUACUGCCCGACCCAGCUCAAGUCACCCCUGCUCACACUUCAUCCACUCAGAAUAUAGAGGAACAAAAACAAAGCUCUCUGUUGUCAUGAACAACCUCAAUCCCGAACUGUAGACACUGCAAUUGCUUCCUCUGUUUCAGGCAGCUUCUUCCAUCCAAACACAACAAUCACUGAGGAGUGCACAACAGCUGCUCGGUGACAUUCUCCAAACCUGCCACGAGCAUCGGACUCUCGCGACCGUCUCGCUGGCAUAGUUGACACCCUCUUUAAAUUAUGCAGCUCCUUGUUCAUGUAGUCCCACUUCACAGCGUAUUCAUGGGUUAUGAAAUGUUUCCGUGUGAUUUCAGUGUAAACCUUUCCUGUUUGUUGUGGAGUGUCAUCAUUCACAGCCACACAACGUGCUUGUAUGAGAACUGAGUCUCACGCAGCACUUGUGAUGAUUGUGUCGUGAGGAAGACAAAGCACUUUUCUGACAAUGCUUACUAAUAAA